GUUGAUGUUUCGAUCGGUAUGGUAAUUAAAUGAAUAGAAAGUUAUGCUGUGUGAUAUAACAUUAUCGAGAGGUGAAAUUAUGCAUAUUAUUUAACCUUGCAGUGCUUGAAUGGAAAGUUGAUAAGUUACAUCUAACGCGUUAACUGUAAUAUUGUUAGUUUCACUGUCGAUCCCGUUGUAACCGAUCGUAUACCUACUAAAUAAUUGUUUAUAUUUUAAUUUUUAAUUUAAUAACAAAAUGAGUUUUUUAUUUGGAUCUGCUGUUUGUUUAUCUGUUGUUCCUGAAAAUUCAGUAACAGAAUACAGAUAUACACCACGCAGCAUGUCCAACUCAGGUUUAACGUCAGAAGCUCAGUUGAGGUACAUGAUCCAAUGGUUCGAGGAAUUCAGUGAACUGCAGAGGGAGGACUUCCUUCCCAUACUAGCUGCGGCACAUGGUGAAAAGCCAGAGCAACUUGCGGCUGGCCUUGCAUCCCUCACUUGUGAAGAUAAGCCUGUCAGCUUGUUCCAGUGUCGUAUAAAAUUAUUCAAUGAAUGGUUUCCCACAUGGGCUGAAGAACAAAGAGACAGACUAUUGAAAGCAGUUAUGGAAAUAGACCCAGAGUUUGGCAACAAACUACAAGACAUCCUCGUCAAUGGCGUUAAAGUCAAUGGUACAGAUGAUUUCUUCAGUACAAAUGAAACAGUUGGUGAGAAAAACACAGAAGAAAAUGAAGACAUUCCAAACAUUCAAGCAGAUGAUAACAGUCUUGCAAGUCAAGAGGUUGUUGUUGAAAUUGCAGCUGCGUCUUAAAUAUAAUAAAACUAUUGGUUAUUAUGUACCAUCAGCAAAUAUUUUACUUGAAAUUGAAAUCUAAAACAAAUACAAAUGGUAAGCCUUGAUAUCAUUAUUUGCUUAAUACUUAUUGGAAAGGAAUGGUUUGAUUUUCUUUUUUCUUUGUGUAAUAAUUUAUUAUGAUAUGACUUAAUGUCAAGUGACUUAUGUUGCUGACUGUACUAGUAUCAAGUGUCAUAUUGAGCUAUAUAAAAGUAUUGAUAUUCAAUAAAGUCUAAUAUUAAAUUUGCUCAUAAUAAGACAAUUAUGGCUAUAAAACAUUUUACGUUCUGCCUUUUGCAUUGUUUAGGCUGGUUGCAGAGCUUGACCGACCGUCUGUGCGUAUCGUCGGUCCUGACGAUACGCAUCAACA